AUGAUAGAGGAAAUCAAAGCUGUUGUUUUCAGGCAUGAGGAGAAAGAUUUGCUCGUUGGUCAAUCAACUUUUUUUGACGCCAUUCACGAAAUUCUAGAGGAGAGAUGGAACAAAAGCAAUACCCCGUUACAUUGCCUGACACAUUCCCUUGUACCGAAAUGCUAUACCGAUUCUUGGCUUAAAGACGGAGAUGGUGUCCAAAGGUUGACACCACAUGAAGAUCAAGAAGUUUCAAUGAAUAGAAUGAAGUGUUUCAAGAGAAUUUUCGAGGAUCCAAAUGAUCUUAGAAAAGUGUGUAUGGAAUAUGGCGGAUUUUCCAGUGCAACUGGUGGAGACAAAUUUGAUAUUGAUGGAGAUAUGGACCAACUAGCUGAUCUAUCUAUCAAUGAACCGGACCUAGAAACGGUUACAUUUGAUGAAUCUUUGGAUGUGGAGACAGACGAAAAUGAUGAGUAG